UCUUUAAUUGACCCAAGCGGAGAAACCGCGGAACCCGCGUUAGGAACACGAAAAAAAAAAAAAAAAAAUCACCUUCUCCUCCGUCGUUCAACGGCUUCUGUUACCUCGCCUUUUUUCCGAUGGAUCUUCAAAUUCUUCAUUCUUAACAUCGUUGCUUUCUACCCCCCGGAAUCAAUGAAUUUGUAGUAAUCCCCGAUUUAUCAUGAGAUGCGUUGGCUGCCAAGCAUCUCCUUCUCUUCCUCUUCUUCUUCCUCCGCCUCCUCCUCCUCCUCCUCCGCCACGUCCUCUUCCUUCUCGUUCUUUCAUUUGUCUUCAUCCACGUCGUCGUCUCCUAAGAACAACGGGCACGACAACAAUCAGAAGAGUUUGAGUCAGCAUGAACAGCACCAUCACCGUUACAAUUUGCCCGGAUCUAGCAGUAUAGCUCCCAAGCUCAACAGGCAGAGGAAGCCGAGGAAUCUAAGCGACCAGGAACUUGUCGAGGUUAAAUCGGAGACUGUAGUGGCGCUUUCAAAGUCCUCCAGCAGUUACGAUAAUUGUCCUACCGUGUCCAUACCGGUGCCAAAGUCGUCAUCUGUGUCGGUAGCUGUGCCGUUGCCGCUACCGUUGCCCGUUCCAGAUGCGGACGUGGAGCAGCGGCAUCCAUCGCCGAAGGAACUCGGUCCUGGUAAAUAUGUAGAGGACAGAGACAGGGAUAGGGAUGGAGAUAAAGCAGACGGGCUAGGUGGAGUAAGUGUCCCUUUGACCCCGGCCGCCAGCACAUCUGUUGCUCGUGACUCAAGGUCAACAUUCAGGCUGGCGCGUCAAGAUGUGAAUCAAGAGAAAAGUCAUAGGGAUGAGUUUAGGGUAAAUGUUCCUGCUCAGAGUUCAACUAAUAGCCCCUUUACCAGUCCUGUACUUAGCCCGCAGAGAAGAAGUUCUGCUGAUGCUUUCCCACUUUAUUACAUGGUUCCUAAAGGAAAUCAUGUGUGGUCAGCACCAGAGAUGCCAAGCUUAGAUGUUCCAGGGCUCCCUCCCCCUGCAUUCUUUGAUUAUACUGCUUUUAGCCCUGAUAAUACUCCACUCCACAGUCCAAAUAGAAGUCCCCGUCGAAACGCUAGAAGCCCAAGUGGACCUGCUUCACCUUUGCAUCCCAAAUUGUCACUUGAUACAUCAUCAACAUGGCUUGAAAGUAAUGGUCCUCUUGGUGGGCAUCCACUACCUCUUCCUCCAGGAGCACCCAUGCCUUCACCAUCAUCUUCCAUUCUACCAGGGGCAACUAAACCAGAGUCACUGCCCAUGAAUACUCAAUGGCAAAAGGGAAAGCUUAUUGGCCGUGGUACAUUCGGCAGCGUUUAUGUUGCCAGUAGCCGAGAAACCGGAGCUUUAUGUGCCAUGAAGGAAGUUGAAAUGUUUCCUGAUGACCCAAAAUCUGCAGAAUGUAUAAAGCAACUAGAGCAGGAAAUUAAAGUUCUCAGCCAGCUGAAGCAUACAAAUAUAGUGCAGUAUUAUGGAAGUGAAAUAGUUGAAGAUCGGUUUUAUAUAUAUCUUGAAUACGUACAUCCUGGUUCGAUUAAUAAAUAUGUUCAGGAACAUUGUGGUGCCAUGACAGAAUCUGUUGUUCGCAAUUUUACUCGCCAUAUUCUUUCAGGGUUGGCUUACUUACAUGGCACAAAGACUAUUCACAGGGACAUCAAAGGGGCUAAUUUGCUCGUUGAUGCAUCUGGUGUUGUCAAGCUUGCUGACUUUGGAAUGGCAAAACAUCUUACUGGACAAAGAGCUGAUCUGUCUUUGAAGGGAAGUCCCUACUGGAUGGCUCCAGAGCUCAUGCAAGCUGUAAUGCAAAAAGACAACAGCUCUAAUUUAGCACUUGCUGUUGAUAUUUGGAGCUUGGGCUGUACAAUCAUUGAAAUGUUCACUGGGAAACCUCCUUGGAGUGACUAUGAAGGGGCUGCAGCUAUGUUUAAAGUGAUGAAUAAUACCCCUCCCAUACCAGAAACACUAUCACCUGAGGGCAAGGAUUUCUUGAGAUGCUGUUUCCAAAGAAAUCCUGCAGAUAGACCAUCUGCUAGCAUGUUGCUAGAACAUCGAUUUCUGAAAAGCUCACAGCAGUCAGGCAUCCAAUCUGCCACCCCUUUGUUUAAUGGGAUGAAAUCAAUGGAUCUGCCCCUUAGUCCAAGAGAGCAUUCUGAUAUUAAACUCGAUCAGUUGCCAGUACUUCCAAGCUCAAGGAGUCCAAAAGCAGUGACAUCUGAAAGUGAGACUGCCCAACGAUCUCAUCAUGAAGCUUCCAACUUAAGAAGGGCCUCACGUCAUUCUCCAUGUUCUACCCUUGAGGCUCUUCCUAGUCUAUCUCCUCCACGCUCGCAUCAGAAUGCACAUCACUACCAUUCUUAGCUCUACCAACUGUGGUUUCAAUUAGAUAACAUGGAGGAGAGAACUACUGCUGCGUUGUUUUUUCAAUACUCCCGGAAGACCUUUAUGGGAUGCUGAGCAGGUGAGUUGUGGCAAUAGGGAAUGGAUUCGUUUCAUCGAGGACUUCCCCCAAUAUGUUUCAUCCUGCCAGACACAGCAGCAGUUAGGCACGGGUUUUUGUAAUACUAUGUUCACUAAUUUAGAGCUACAAAAUUAAGGGAGUUGUUUUUAUGUAUAUUUGCACGAGCUGAUAUUUGUCAUAGCCUUGUAAAUUCGAAAAUCAAUAAAAAUGUAGUUUUUAGAAUGUAUUGAUGUAACAUAUUCUCCUUCCUUUUUUUUUAUGAGGGAUUAGUGGAGCAAUUUGAUUUUAGUGAUCAGUUCUGUUGCUAUUUGCUAAUACUCGAUUGUUGUUUAAGAAAAUGUAUGGGUAAGA